AUGCAAAAAUUGUUAUCAAAUAUUUAUUAUUCAUAAUUAUUAAUUAUGAUAUAUAUGUUAAUCAUAUUAGAUAACUCCAUACCUUCUAUUUAAGGAAAAAAAUACAUGUUUCUUAUAUUUUGGGUUAAUAUAAUGUUUCUUAGUAAUUAGAUUUUUGACUAAUAUUUUUUUCAAUCGAUUUUUUAGCUGCCACAUAAAAUUAAUUGACAUCUUAAUUAAAUGACAACUCAACGAGGUUCUUUUGUAAUUAUUAAAAAUUACAUGUCAUAAUUUUCUUAAUGUUUCUCUAUUAAUAUGUAGUGUAUAAUUGAGUAGACUAAAAUACGAGCAAAUAUAUUAUUUGAAAUUACAACCAAGUGAUAUAUUUACUCGAUUUACUUUAAGUUACUCAAUUACAAGCAAGUAUUUACACCCAAAAAAAUUACAAGCAAGUAUGACGACUGACGAGGGUGUUGAAAGUUCUGUGGAAAAUAAGUAAAAGCCAAGUCGUCGUCUUGGGACGAAAGACGUUAGUGUUUUCGUAUUCGCUUCCAGUUUCAUUAAUAAACUAAAAUAUUCUUGUUUAUCUCCAUAAUCCUUGCACUGAUGAGUUUGGCUUCAAAAAACAAUUCUGUAAUCUAAUUUUGGUAUUACUAAAAUAAAAACAAUAAUUGCAAUGGAUGGUCAACUAGUACUAGUUUACACGCAAUCAAACAAAAAUCUUAUUUCAUACAAUUAUAUGUAUUUCUAUUCUCAUUACUGGCAUUACAAACUAGGACUAACACUUUAAUGAUAUCUAUUUGAACCAAAAACUUCAGUUUUAUGGCAAAAUGAUUUGUUUGAUAUCGAUAAAAUAAUAUUUAUAAGAAUUUAGAAACACAAUAAUCAACAUUUUAGACAAUACAACAUUUGGGCCCAUUUGUCUCUCUGAGGACGGCUAAGCUAGUUAUAUGUAGAACAUAAAAUCAAUUCAUACAUCAACCAUGUGAAUGAUACCAUGGUACUAACACUAUAUUUAACUUUUAGAUAUGAUUUAUUAUGUUUGUGUUUUAGUUUUAUUUUUUGAAACGUAGAUAUAAGAUAGAAGAUAAGUAAAACAAGAUGAAUGUAUAAUAAAAACGCAUUGGGACAAGCAGUAUCGGUCCAAUCCAAAGGCUGGAAGCAAAAAAAAGAAAUCAAGGCCUAUUUAUCAAAGGUAUUUUUUAUAAAAAAAAAAAGCUUUAAAGGAAAUGGGUAAAAGAGGAAUAGAACCCAUUACCUCGCUCACACAAAAGAGCUAAACUAACCACUAGCCUACUUGAAACUUUGGUAUUUUAUCGGCCGAUUUAAUACUUAACUAAACUAGGGCCGGAAGCCCAAGCUUCUAAUGCUUCCCCUCAGAGACGGUACUUGGGACAAGGUUUUAAAUUUUAACAAUAAUUUCAAUACGCUUAAACCAUCUCAACGUAUAACUGUAAUGUAUAUGGAAUCAAAUCUUGAUUUUGCUCAUGUGUUCUUAGGUUGACUGACUUUUUUAUCGAGAGUUAUGGCUCAUUGCAGAAACCCAAGCCUUAAGCUUUUGUGGGUGUUUUUUCUUCUUCUUCUUCUUCUUCUUCUUCUUCUUCUUCUUCUUCUUCUUCUUCUUCUUCUUCUUUCACGAUGCUCACUUGAAAUUCUAAAGAGAAGGAAAAGAUCUGUCUCCUUCUUAUGUUGCUGGUGCUUAGGCCGCCAUGCUGCUCCUGCUGAACCUUGCAAUUGUUGUAUUUGUCUUGGCAACAAAGUUAAAUUUAAAUAGGAACAAAACCGGGCCAUCAAACCGGUUUUGACAUCGAUAUGGAAUAUCCUUCCUGUGUUGGACUGUUGGAUAUAUAUAGUAGUGAAGAUGGAAGCAUAACAUUAUCAAGAAUAAGCGUGGAGAGGAAGUCUACAAGCUUAUGGGAAGGAUAACAUGUUAUCCUGGCUAGACUUAGCGACCUUAGUCAAACAUGUGUGAACUGGAUAAACGUGUUUUGUGCGCCCUGUUUUUCAUCUUUUCUGUUUUGUUGUGCUUCUUCUCUCUGUUAUAUGCAAAGCGUCAUCUUCGUCAAUCUGACUCUCUUGUGCAUUGAUUUGCUUUUGGUACGUGUUUGACGCUAAAGGUUUUAGGGAGAUAUCUUUGAAGCUGAAGUUUCAUCACAUGGACCAGUUCCAUGCAUGAUGCAGCUGUUGCUUCACCUAUAUUUCGUAUAUGACAUAUAUUAUAUAUAUAGCCUUUUCAAAAAAAAAAACACAUGUAUAUAUAUACUGUUUAGAGUAUCUGGAUAGUCAAGAAAAAUCAAUUCUAUCUUUUGUUGUUUUUCAGGAAAAAUGACAAUUCAAGAACCGAUAAACAACAACUGGUGAAAGAACGUCCAUUUCUACAUGUUUGUUGACGAAGAAACGCAUUCAUAACUUAAGAACACUUUGAGUUACACAAACAAUACAAGAGAGUGGGAUUGUGGAGGAUCAUUGUUGUUCAUAAUGUCAUUCUUAAGAAGUCUUCUAUUUAGGUAUUGAAAUAAGAUUUCUUAAGAAGUCUACUCUACAAAAGACAUUUUGAGAAGUUUUUCUUUGUAAAUAUUGGCUUAAUUUUGAAUUUAAUUUUUUUUCGAAAAUGCCAGAAAAGACUUCUUGAGAAGUCUUCUUGGAAUAACAUGUUAAUUUUGUAAUUGACCGAAGUUUGUCAGAAACUUGACUUUUUAUAGAAGAUUUCCCGAGAAGUCUUCUCAAUAUCACAAGAAGUCUACAUGGGAUACUUUUGCAAUUGACUAUAUUUGACUUUUCCAGAGAAGACUAUAGAAGUCUUCUGUACCAAAGAUUUGACCAAAAUCCGAAAUAAAAUUUGAGAGAAGUCUUCUCAUUAAUAUUAAAUGUUUCACUAUUAUUUUUCAAUUGCAAAAGUAACCCACACAAAAUUCUUGCGACAUUGAGAAGACUUUCAGAAGACUUCUAUAGAAGUUUUUUCGAGAAGACUUCACGAGAAAUCUUCUAUAAAAAGCCAAAUUUCUGACAAACUUCGGUUAAUUGCAAAACUAACCUAUUUAUCCGAGAAAACUUCUCUAGGAUUUUUGGGGUUUUUUUCUUAAUAAAGGAAAGUUAAAGGACUUCUAAGGAAAUCUUCUUGAUGGAGAACACAAUUUACGAAGUCUUCUACAAGUCUUCGCAAAUAGAUCUGAGAAAAAAAAUGAUUAGAUUACUUGUUUAGCUUCUCCAACCAGAACUUCACUACAAAAGGUACCAAGUCGUUAAUGACCACGAAUCAUGAGCUUCAAUGUCUCUAUUAACCUUACAAAGUUCAGAAUCAAAAUCUUGGUUUUUUGGAUAAAUUUGAAGAAAGAGUGAAAGAGAUGUGAUUUUUUGUGCAUAAGUAAUGAGAUAUGAAGAGUAAAAAUAGAAACUUUGGUUUAUUAAGAGCUUUAAAUUGGUUGUUCAUGAUGGUUAGUGUAUUGAUGGUAAUUGCAAUAUUGUAAAUACUUGGUGAAAAUGAGGAUGAUAGGGUAAAAUAAUCACUUUCAAAAAAAAAGAAAAAAAAAUAUAAUGACAUUUUCGUGAAUAACUUGAACUUCUAGGGUUAAUAGGAAAAAAAAUUUCAAAAGAAGUAUGGUUUAAUUUUGUGUUUGACUUGUAAUUUUAGGUCAUAUUUGAAAAAAAAGACCUUUUCAAAAUUGGGUCAAGCAAAAUAUUUAGAUUUAUAUCCUAAUUUUUAUUUGGGUUUUUAUCAAAUAUGACAAAAAUUUCAACUCAAACAUAAAAAUAAGCUAUGCUUUUUUGAAACUUUCUUUUUCCUUAUUCACCUUAGAAGUUCGAGUUAUUCACGAAAAUGCAAUUACUUUUUUUUUUCUUUUUUUUCGAAAAUGAGUCUUUUACCUUAUCAUCCUCAUCUUCACCAAUUAUUUACAAUAUUGCCAAUACCAUCAAUACACUAACCACCAUGAACAACCAAUUUGAAGCACCAAAGUUUCAAUUUUUACUCUUCAUAUCUCAUUUCUUAUGCACACAAAUCACAUCUCUUUUACUCUCUCUUCAAAUUCAUCCAAAAAAAUCAAGAUUUUGAUUCCAAGCUUUGUAACGUUCAUAGAGACAUUGAAGCUCAUAAUCUGUGGCCAUUAACGACUUGGUAGCUUUUGUAGUGAAGUUCUAGGUGCUUGGAGAAGAUAAGCAAGCCAUCUCAUAGAUUCAAAGUAUGAAAUCUUUUUUUUCUCAGAUCUGUUCGCGAAGACUUUCAGAAGACUUUGGGAAGACUUUCAGAAAACUUUGCUAGAUGUGUUCUCCAUCAAGAAGAUUUCCCUAGAAGUCUUCUAACUUUCCUUUUUAAGAAAAAAAAAACCAAAAAAAUCUCAGAGAAGACUUCUCGAAAAGUCUUCUCGGAUAAAAAUGUUAGUUUUGCAACUGGCCGAAGUUUGUCGGAAAUUUGACUUUUUAUAGACUUCUCAGGGAAAACUUCUAUAGAAGUAUUCUAAAAGUUUUUCCGAAGUCUUCACACUAUCGCAAGAAGUCUGCGUGGGUUGCUUUUGCAAUUGAAAAAUAAUAGUAAAAGAUUUAAUAUUAAUGAGAAGACUUCUUUGGAAGACUUCUAUAGAAAUCAUUUCUGAAAAUGUCGAAUAUAGUCAAUUGCAAAAGUAUCCAAGGUAGAAUUCUUACGACAUGGAGAAGACUUCGGUCAAUUGCAAAACUAACAUGUUUAUCCAAAAAGACUUGUCGAGAAGUCUUUUCUGGCAUUUUAGAGAAUUUUCAAACUCAAAAUUAAGCCAAUAUUUACCAAAGAAAACUUCUCAAAAUGUCUUCUUUAAAGUAGACUUCUUAAGAAGUUUUUCUUCGUAAAUUUGCAAUUGCAAAAAUGACCUAAAUAGAUGACCUUUUAGGAAGUCUUCUACGCCAAUGUUUAUUAAACUUUCAUUUUCUCUACAAUUAAAAUGACUUUUUAAUAUUUUCUUAUUAAUUCAUGUGUAUUAGUAAAUAUUGGGCCUUGUGGAUGAAAUUCAUAACUUAUUUGGUGAUAAUUAUGAGAUUUCAAAUAUUUAUGUUUGCUGAUGUUUCUAGCUAAUCCGAGAAGAGAUUUUUCUGGAAAAGUCUUCUACGUUAGAUUUUCAAGUGUAAAGUAACUUCAAGAUAUGUUUUUAACUUUCAAUAGUGUUAAGUAACUUCAAGAAUAUCAAGUCAUGUGUUUAAUGUAUAUUUUUGGAUCAUAAGAUAUAAUUUUUAACCUACAUGAGAUUUAAAAUUUCAACUUUCACUUAAAAUUCAAGUUUGAUCUUUUGUGGAUUUGACUAAGUUUUCUUGUGAAGUCUUCUCUCUUUGAAGUCUUCUCUCUUAGUUUUAGUAAAUUUGACUAAGUUUUUGUGUAGUUGUGUUUUGUUAUGAGUUGAUAGAAUGAUUUAAAAUUUCUUGGUAUGCUGUAUCAAUAACUUCAAUAAUGUCAAGUACUUUUGGAAAAACGUGAACAUAUUUACCAAAUUCUUUUGAUUAACAUCUCUUCAAGUUUAUAAAAGAAUUCACAACUAAAAUAGUACACAUACAAAUAAUAAAACAGACCAUAAACAAAACUACACAUGGAGCUAGAUAUCAUUUCUUAAUAUAGAUAAGCUUGAACUCCACUUGACAUCAUUCAUUUGUACCAAUUUGGGCAGAAUACUUCGUGGAAAAUCUUCUAGCAUAAAAUACAUUAGAAGACUUCUUGGGAAGUCUUCCGAAAAUCUUCUAAGAAGUUUUUCAAAGUCUACUCAGAUCUGAAAAAUGUAUGCAUAUUCAAAAGCAUUCAAACGGCUUCAAGACAGAGAAAUCUUCAAAAAUAAAUUUUUAUGCUUAAAUAAUAAACAAAAAAAAUCACAUUAGGUUGAAUCUAUAACUUUUUAGAAUCUAAUACAUAAAUACAUAUCCAAAAUUUGUACCACUUUGGGCAGAAAACUUAGGAAGACUUUCUGAAGACUUCGUGGAAUGUCUUCUAGCAUAAAAUGCAUCUCAAGAAUUCUUCCGAGAGUCUUCUAAGAGUCUUCUGGGAAGUCUUCUACCGUCUAACUCAGAUCUGAAAAAUUCAGAUAAAACUUCAAAAAUAUUGUUUUUAUGCUUAAUAAUAAACAAAACAGACACUUUAGGUUGAAUCUAUAACUUUUUAGAAUCUCAUUUAUAAAACACACAAAAUACAUAUCCAAAAUUUGUAUCACUUUGGGCAGAAGUUCUAGCAUAAAAUGCAUAGGCUUGCAUAGAAGUCUUCCGAGAGUCUUCUAAGAAGUCUUUCGAAGUCUGUCUCAGAUCUGAAAAAUCUGCAAAUUCAAAAACAUUGACAUGGCUUCAAAUCAGAAAAAACUUUAAAAAUAUAAUUUUAUGCUUCAACAAUAAACAAAACAGUCACAUUAGGUUGAAUCUAUAGUUUUUUUAUAAUUUAAUAUAUAAAACACACAAUAAUACAUAUCCAAAAGUUAUAGAUCUACUUUUGAAGGAGUGAAAGAUGAGAACCAUGUAAUGAAAAACCUGUAAAAACAAGAUAAAUUAGUGAAAAGACAUAAAAGAAAUGAGAAAUGGAUUAAGAGUUUGGUGUUUUGAUGUUCAAAGAGAUUAGAGAGAGGUUGGAGAGUUUUAGAGUGAGAAACAUUGCAUUUUUGUUGAAGCCAUUUGAGAAGAAAAAGGAGAAUGUGUAAAUUUUAUUUAUAAAUGAAGACAAAAAAUUCUAAUUAGAUAAAAUAUUUUUGAUACAGAAGACUUCUUGGAAAAAAUUUUCAUACCCUAAAAUAAAAUACAUGUGAAGACUGCUGGAAGACUUCGCUUUAGGCGAGAAACUUUAAUUCUACUAAAAUUUAGGCGGGAAACUUAAAUUCUAUAAAAAUUUAGGUGGAAAUAUGCUAGAAGACUUCUUGGGAAGUUCUCUUGUGAAGUCUUCUGGAAGUCUUCUUGGGAAGUCUUCCAAACCACAACCUAAUCAAAUAACUAACUAAAUAGUAAAUAACAAUUCAUUAAACUUAAAAUAAACUUAUAAAGUGUUUAAUAUACAUAAAAUUAAACACAUGUAGGUCAGAUUUUUGAAGCUAAGAUUCCAAAAUCUAGCCCUAAAUAUAAAUAAUACUAUAACAUAUGUUACUAAACCUAAACCAAAGUCUUUUCAGAGUCUUCCAGACCCUAUAAUCAAAUAACUAGGCAAAAAACACUUCUUUAAACUUAAAUGAAACGUGUUUAAAUCAAGUUUUUAGAUAGUCACUAAACAUGUCAAACUAUUUUUUUUUUUAAAAGAUAAGGUUUCAAAAUCUAACCCUAAAAAUACCAACAAUAAUAUAACAUAUGUUACCAAACCUAAACCAAAGGCUAUCAUGACUCAAUCUACAUUUUUAAAAUAAUUGAAUUUUAGUAAAACUAAAUUUCCAUCAUUUAGAAAUGCUUAUUAAUACAUGAUUUUGAUUUUUUUCUCUUUCAAAAUAUUUUUUUAUAAAAUUUAUUAAUUACUUUUAAAAUCUAAUACAUGAGAAUAUUUUCCUUAGAAGACUGGAAGACUUCGAUUUAGGCGGGAAACCUAAAUUCUUCUAAAAUUUAGGUGGAACCAUAAAUUCUACUAAAAUUUAGGCGGGAUAUGCCAGAAGACAUCUUGGGAAGUCUUUUGUGAGUCUUCGGAUCCUAUAAUCGAAUAACUAGCAAAAACACUUCCUUAAACUUUUAAGAUACUUAGAAAGUGUUUAAAUCAAGUUAUUAGAUAGUUUCUAAACACAUAUAGGUCAAAAACAAUUUUUAAAAAGAUAAGAUUUUGAAAUCUAACCCUAAAAAUACCAACAAUACUAUAACAUUAGGUAGUAACCCGUGCUAUGCGGAGAGUAAAAUAGUUUAUUAGAUUAUUUAUUGUAUGUCGUACUAAAGGAUUUGUUGUAUAGUUUUUUUCUGGGGAUGAGCAUCAUAUAUUCGUUCGGAUUUAGUUAAUCUAUUCGGAUUUCAGAUUUUUAGGGUUAAAAAUUUAAAUCGUAUUCAGAUAUUUACAAAUUUUGGUUUGGAUUUGGUUCGAAUCAUUGCCAGUUCGAUUCAGAUUUGAGUUCAGAUACCCAUUUUAAUUAGGUAUUUUUAACAAAAAUCAAAAUAAAGUUAAUAUUAAAGUAAAAUAAUAUAAAACAUAAAAAAUGUAAUAAUGUAAGACUAAAUAUUUAAAUUUACAUAAAAAUUAGUUCAAUUUAAAUAUUUGGAUGGAGAACAAAUAAAUAUUUUUUGUAUUUUGAACACUUUCUGUUAUUUUUAGAUAUUUACUUGUGACUAUGUUGAUAAUUUUAGAUAUUUUCAUAUUUUUGAAUAUCUAACAGAUAUAAAUUUAAAAUAAUUAAAAUAUUUAAAUAUAUAAUUGUGAUUUAGAUAUUUCUGGUAUCCAAGUUAUUUUAGUGUGGAUCAGAUUAAAGUCUGGUUAUCUGGAUAUUAAAUUUUUAGAUCUAUCUGAGUAAUUAAUCAAUUUUAGUUUGUGGUUAGUAUUGCUUUCAAAUCUAGUUCAGUUUGGUUUUUGGGAUUCUUAUAUUUUAUCCAUACUUACUUUCUUCUACUAGUAUAAAGCAAAAUAAAAUAAAUGUAAAACAAAUAUUCUCGGUUUAUUUAACAUACAUAAUUAUUGAACUAUACUUUAAAAAUACCAAUAAAAUGGUUGAGAGUCAUGUCAAUAUUUUUGGGCAUGUUGCAAAUUGACGUAGUCUAAAACUAAUAACUGGUAUUUUCUUAUAAUGUGAUAUCUUCACCCAUCACAUGAAUUAUGUUUUCAAUCGAUUUCACAAAUUUUCUUUUCUUUUAAAACUUUUCUGAUUUCUGAUUUUUUCUUGUAAUCAAAUUAUAUUUCUAAUUUUUGAUCUGAUAUGAAAACUCCGUAAAGAAAAACAAUAUUUGCUUAACUAAAGAUCCGACUUUGUGUGUAGUAUUUUUACCUCAAUAUCCUUAAGUCAUAACCAAUCACAAUUAUUUAUUGUUUUCGUAUACAGAAGCCUCAACCAUGACUAAGUUCGGCAAGAUACAAAACUUUCAAUUUCUAAAAACAUUCUCAUUCAAUCAUUUUAGUUGAUGUGAAUCGCAAUAAUUUUUUAAUUUCUUUCUUUCAAAAUGAUAUUGUUUAGUAGUUGUACGGAGAAAACUUCAUUUUACUAAUACAAAGGUUAAAAGUUGAAGAACUAAAAAUAAGAGGAUUAAAAAAAAUUAGUGUCAACACAUUAAAUUUAUGCGGUUGAAUUAAAAAAAUAAUAUGUGAACGCAUUAAUUUUUAAAUGAUUGUGAGGCCGACACGUCAUCAUACUCAAAUUGAAAUCGAUGUGAGGCUGACACGUGUUCAAUAUAUAGUGUGAAAGCAUUAACUCACAAUUUUUCUCUUUUAAUAUAUAGGGGAUAUGUUACCAAAACCUAAACCAAUGACUAUCAUGAAUUAAUCUACAUUCACUCAUCUAUGUUGAAAAUAAUUCAAUUUUAGUGAAACUAAAUUUACAUCAUUUAGAAAUAUUUAUUAUUACAUGAUUUCAAUUUUUUCCCAUCAAAAUAUUUUUUAUUAAAAUUUUAAAUUAUUAUAAAGAUCUACUCAUGCGAAGGGUUAUAAUAGCAAAACUCAAUACUUGUUUUAUGUUUGAUCAUAAGGAGGUUGUUGUAAUUUCAUUAGAUUUUUGGUUUACUUUUGCAUUUGAUUGAAUUUUGGAUACACUUUUGCAUUCAAAAUCAAAUUUUGAGUCAUUUUUGACAAUUUCUCUUUUUAAUAUACUUAUUUAAUUAAGUUCAAAUAACUUGAUAAAUUAAAAUUAAUGACUCAUCGGUUAAAAUUAUUGAGAACAUGAAAAAUAAAAAAACAUUAUCUAAAAUUCUAAAAACAUGACAAGUGAUCAAAUUCAAUUCUCAAAAUAAUAGUAUUGAUUUUAGAAUUUAAUUUAAUCAUAUAAUGAAGAAUUAGUUGGGACGUGGGAUUUAAAAUUGUCUACCUGCCCUUCCUAGAAGAGAGAAAAUAAAAUUGUUCAUAGCGUGACCCACAUCAAACCAAGAACCUUAUUAUAAAACCCUUUCUAUAUAAAAAGUAUAUAUACUAAUUAAAGAAAUGAAAAAUCAUGUAAUCUGUCAAAAGUCCAAAUCCCAAAAUCAGAUCAUCUCUCUUCCCAAAAGCCAAGUCCAUACCUUCCUCCUUCAUUCAUUUCCUAAACCAGCAAGAUCCUGUGAACAAAAGCUUUCCAUUUUUCCUUUUUAACUCACAAUCAUCGUUUACUCCAUCUGAUAAAACCCACAAACUCUCUUUCUUUUUCAUCAUGACUACAGCAACUUCGAUGAACCCAUCUCUCUUUCGUGUAUUUUGUAUACUCCAUUCUGUAAUAGCUCUAACGAGUGGAACCCUGAUGAUGUUCUACACAGAGAAAGCGUCCAUCUUUGGACCAGGAAGUGAGAUUGCUAGCAAACUAAAGGGUUCAACGCCACAUGAUGAGCUUCUCAUUCAGAUUUCUCAGUCGUUCUCUGGUUUGCUUCUCUUUGCCAUUGGGUUUGUACUGUUCAUGGUGUCUUUCGUGAAAGACAGAGAGUUUCAUAGCUUCUUCGCUGGAGGGUCUGUGAUUCUUUACGUGUUAAUGGCUUCGUGGAGGGUUUUGUUCGAGUGGAGAAUCGAAGAUCUUGCUUAUGAAUGGCCUAAACAAGCUCUUGGAGACAUAGCUUUGGGGAUCUCUUGGGUUUUCUUUCUUGUUUAUUCAUGGAGAGAAAAGUACGAUUGAUUGGUUGAUGAUGUAAUUAGUUUUUGUUCUAACUUGUGGGAUAAGUAUAAAGAUUUCAUCUUCAGAUUUGGUAAAAAGGAAACUGAAAACAUUUGUCCGAAUUCAGACAAGAUCAAACAAUAAACAGUUUGGAUUCACAUAUAUAUUCAGAAGAUCAAAGUAUUAAAACGACUGAUUUUUUUUAAAUAUAUUUUGUGUUGUUUUUUAAUGUCUUGUUCUAUAUUAAUAUAUGCUGUGUAGAUCCCCUAUUAAUCCAUCGAAAAUCAUUCUGAAAGGAGAAUCUGAUAUUCUUAUUUUAGAUUACAUAUUUACAUUAUUAUAUUUGUUACUCUUGUCAAUGUGUGAAAAAAACGUAAACAUAUGUUUACAUGCUAGUUAUAAUAAAUGAUGGAAUUUUGAAGGAUCAUAUGAUGUACAGGUUGUUUCAUGAGUGUCUUGCACACGCAGUAUUAGCUUACUUUAGUUGGUAAAUCGUGCACAUGGCCGGGAAUGACAUUAUGUACGUGUCCGAAGCUUCCUUACAGUCAAAUCCUAACAUAUAGAAAUCAGCAACGUUCUUACUGACACUCCUUGCAUUCUUAGUUGUCUCAUCUUCCCCAAAUUGCACUUAAGCUACCAACGCGAGUUUCCCUAACAUAAUUCUUAAUAAAAAUAUAAUAAGACAAUUCUCUUGCAUGCUUAAAAUAACAUGAACAUUGAUUUGGUUUUACUACAUGAAAAUUCAAGAGUUCCCCUAACAUUAUUUACGUACAUAAAAAAUAUAAUACGGCAAUUCUCUUGCUUUGAAUAACGUGCAUAUUGGGUGGCCCAUAAU